GGUGGUUGCCAUAACAAAACAAAAACAAAAAGGAAAAAAGGAAAAUCGAGGGUUUGUUCUUCUUGGAGUUUUUUUCUUGUUUAAAAAAAUGAAAAGGAAAUCGGUCGUGGUUAUAUAACCAAACACAAAUAAAAAAGGAAAAAAGAAAAUCGAGGGUUGGCUCUAUAAAUUAUAGAAUUGGGAGUAUUGUUAAAAAAAAAAAAAUUAUAGAUUUGGGGGAGUGGAAGGAAGAUAUGAUGGCGUCGAUGGAUAAUUAUCAGAGAAUGGUGAGAGAAACCAAACGCAGAAGAAAAGGAAGAAGAGAGUGGAAGACUGAGAUCCCCAAUAAUGUGAUGGAAGAAAUCGUGAUGAGGCUUCGGGUGAGAUCGAUUGCGAGGUUCCAAACCGUUUCAAAGCAUUGGGAAUCGGUGAUUAGGUCAAGAGAUUUUGGGACAAGACACAUGGCUCAUCAGAGAAGAAGCAAAGAUCCUAAACUCAUGUUUGUCUCUUAUGGUCAGUGUCAUAUCCGUUUUGAGCAAAGGGACUUGGAGACGACUUCUCUUGAAGAGAGCUUCUAUUUGAAAAUUGAAGAGAUUAAGGGUGCUAUUGCGAUCUCCGAAUGCUGCGAUGGCCUUGUCUGCUUUUACGGCUUGACGGAUGCAGUGAGAGUGGUAAAUAUGGCCACAAAAACAUUGGUACCACCACUCCCCUUGGCGAAAUUUCAGCAGGUCCAUAAAUACCAUCCAGACCCAGAUCUGGAGGUGGAGAUAGAGGACGUGAGUGAUGAUGAAGAUGAUCGAAAUCCUGUUCCAGUGCCAUUCGUAUUAUAUACUAGGUUUGGAUUUGGGAAAGACAGCGUCACAGGACGAUAUAAGAUAGUGUGGCUCUAUAAUAUAUAUCCUGCCACUUUGAACAAGAAGAAGAAGACCAGAUGCGAGGUUUUCGAUUUUGAGGAAUGGAGAUUUGUGACUACCCGACCUCUUGAUCAUCACCAAAUCUUGUCUAAACAGAUGCCAUCGUUUGCUAACGGAUCAUUAUACUGGCUUACUACGGGUGACGAACGAGGAGAUCCAUCAACACAAACCAAGCUCAUAGUUUUCGAUAUUCAUACAGAGAUGUUUCGAGUCACCUCAACACCACCUUUUAUUUCCCCUAAUGCCUAUAGUGACAAAAUUGGUUUAUGCAAUCUUGAUGGUCGUCUGUGCAUUUCUGAACUCAAGGGCGAUUGUAAGCAAGAGUUUUGGUGGAGGGUUGAAGAAUGCGACGACAAGUGGGAGAGAAUCUUUUCAGUUGACUUGAAUUCUACUUCCUGUUGGUUUGGUCGUAUCACUUCACUGCCUCUCACUCUUUUGGCCAUUUCAAGGGUUGAGAACAAGGUCGUCCUCUCGCUUACCUAUCAAGGAAGCCUUGUUGACUUUGAUCUUGAUCCUGACUCAACUGUUUAUCAUCUCUAUUAUCCUGGUUACUAUGGCUUAGCUGUUCCUUAUUUUCCAAGUUUAUCACUUGUUCAUGCAACUUUCUAGCUUCUCUUUCUCUUUUUUCUUCUUUCUGAAACUAUUUAUCUUCUUCUGUAACAUUAAAAUGUGUUUUUGUAUGCAAUGAGAGCACUUCUUAUUUUA